CGCCAAGAACCCGUGAUGACAUCAACAUCCUACUAAGUUAAGGAAGCUUGUCAUUCUUAGUACGGCUCCGUAUUUAAGGAUAGUUUUAAUCAAGAAACAUAACGACGGGUGAAACUAUCGUUUCCUGUAUUUAUAAUUAAAAGGAGCUGUCUUUGUAAACAAACUUAUACACUUCGUGCAAGUUUAAAGGAGUAGGACUCACAGGACGUCAGUUGCCACACAUCCCCAACAAUGUUAGCCUCAAGUCUUCUGGCUACUUACUGUACCGAGCUCCAUGAUGACCAAGCGCACAAAGUGGACAAAUACCUGCAAUGUUUCCAGCUGUCAGACGAGACUUUGAUGGAUGUGUCAAUAAGAUUUCGACGAGAGAUGGACAAAGGCCUGUGUAGAGACACCAACCCCACAGCUGCUGUCAAGAUGCUGCCCACAUUUGUGCGCUCCACUCCUGAUGGAACAGAGCAAGGUGAGUUCCUGUCUCUCGACCUUGGUGGAGCCACCUUCCGAGUGCUCCUGGUCAAAGUCAUGGGUAAUGAUGAGCAAAAGGUGGAAAUGGAAAAUCAGAUUUAUGCCAUUCCUGAACACAUCAUGAGAGGCAGUGGAUCAGAGUUGUUUGACCACAUAGUUGAUUGCCUGGCUGAUUUCCUGGAGAAGAUGGGCAUAAAAGAUAAAAAACUUCCUCUGGGAUUCACCUUUUUUUUUACUUGUCUCAGGGACAAACUGUGGGAGAGUGUUUUGUUGUCUUGGACCAAAGGCUUCAGGUUAAGCGGAGUAGAGGGAAAGGAUGUGGUCAGUCUUCUGAGGGAAUCCAUCAAAAAAAGGGGGGACUUUGACAUUGACAUUGUGGCAGUGAUCAAUGACACAGUGGGAGCCAUGAUGACCUGUGGCUACGAUGACCAUAACUGUGAAAUUGGCCUCAUCGUAGGAACGGGGACCAAUGCCUGCUACAUGGAGCAGAUGAGGAACCUUGAGCUGCUGGACGGUGACGAAGGGCGGAUGUGUGUUAAUACGGAAUGGGGCGCUUUUGGAGAUGAUGGAGCCCUUGAGGAUCUGCGCACCGACAUUGACCGGGAAAUCGAUGCAGGCUCUCUGAACCCUGGGAAGCAGCUCUUUGAGAAAAUGAUCAGUGGAAUGUACAUGGGGGAACUGGUCCGCCUGAUCCUGGUGAGGAUGGCCAAAGAGCAGCUGCUGUUCCAGGGCAAGACUACAGCGGAACUCCUCACCACUGGAAGCUUCAGCACCAACUACAUCUAUGCCAUUGAGAAUGACAAACAUGAGGAAGGUCUGGCGAGUACUGAGAAAGUGCUUCGGGAUCUCGGUCUGGACCUGUCACUUGAGGACUGCAUAGUCACUCAGAGGGUUUGUCAGAUAGUAUCUACACGUGCUGCACACUUGUGUGCUGCCACUCUAGCUGCAGUACUACGGCAGAUCCGGGAUAACAAAGCAGCAGAGAAACUGCGUACCACUAUUGGAGUGGAUGGCUCUGUUUACAAGAAUCAUCCGGAGUUUUCUCGGAGGCUCCACAAGAUGGUACGGCGACUGGUACCAGACUGUGAUGUACGGUUUUUGCAGUCGCAGUAUGGCAGUGGCAAAGGUGCAGCCAUGGUAACAGCAGUAGCCUACCGUCUUGCCACACAACAUGCAGAGCGUCAGCGCAUCCUCAACACCUUGCGUUUGAGCCGUGCCCAGCUACUGGACGUAAAGGAGCGAGUAAGGAAGGAAAUGGUGCGAGGCCUGUCAAAGCAGACCCAUGAGCAGGCUAGUGUGAAGAUGCUUCCCACCUAUGUCAGAUCAACACCAGAUGGAACAGAACAUGGCGACUUCUUGGCUUUAGAUCUUGGUGGCUCUAGCUUUCGGGUUUUGCUGGUGCAAGUGCGAAGUGGAAAGAGACACAAAGUAGACAUGCACCAAAAGAUCUACAGCAUUCCACAGGAGAUCAUGCAGGGCACAGGGGAAGAGCUUUUCAACCACAUUGUGCACUGCAUUUCUGACUUUCUGGAGUACAUGGGCAUGAAAGGAGCGUCUUUGCCUCUGGGAUUUACGUUCUCCUUCCCUUGCCAUCAAAACAGACUUGAUCAGGGUAUUCUUCUGAAGUGGACCAAGGGUUUCAAAGCCACCGGCUGUGAGGGAGAAGAUGUUGUCAUGUUGCUUAAAGAUGCUGUCCGUCGGAAACAGGACUUUGACUUGAACUUUGUGGCGAUGGUUAAUGACACAGUGGGAACCAUGAUUAGCUGCGGCUAUGAGGACCCUAAAUGUGAGGUGGGGCUCAUCGUAGGCACAGGGACCAAUGUCUGCUACAUGGAGGACAUGAAGAACAUUGAACUGGUGGAGGGUGAUGAUGGUCAUAUGUGUGUCAACAUGGAGUGGGGAGCAUUUGGUGACAGUGGUGAACUUGAUGACUUCUGCACCCAGUUCGAUCACAUGGUUGAUGCCUCCUCUAACUACCCCGGGAAACAGAGGUAUGAGAAGAUGAUCAGUGGCAUGUACCUGGGGGAGAUAGUGAGGAAUGUGCUAAUAGACUUUACUGCUAAAGGUCUGCUGUUCAGAGGCAAACUCUCUGAGCGACUCAAGACUCGGGGUAUCUUCGAGACAAAGUUCCUGUCACAGAUUGAAAGGGACCAUCUGGCUAUGCGACAAGUCCGCUCAAUCUUGCAGCACCUGGGCCUCACCAGCUCCACGUGUGAUGACAGCGUAUUGGUAAAGGAGGUGUGUACUGUGGUGGCCCGCCGUGCAGCUCAGCUCUGUGGUGCUGGCUUGGCCGCAGUGGUUGAGAAGAUACGAGAGAACCGCAACCUGAAUCAUCUGUCCGUCACCGUGGGAGUAGAUGGCACCCUUUACAAGAUGCACCCUCAUUUUUCCAGUGUCGUGCAAGAGACGUUGCAGGAUUUGGCACCCCAGUGUCAGGUGACUUUCCACAAGUCAGAAGAUGGAAGUGGGAAGGGAGCAGCACUGAUCACAGCUGUGGCCUGUAGGAUCCAGAAUGGAGGGCAGCACUGAACCCCAAGAACCACAGCUGAUGCUUACUGGGUUCUUGUUGCUCAAUAUGAAGCUGUGUACACUUUUACCAGACUUUAGAUCUUUAACACUGAAAUGUUUAGUUUUACUAACUUUGUGUUUUCAUGUCCACUCAUUCACAUUAGUGUGAAUGCGAGUGUUUUGCUUAGUCUUUGGAAUUAAAGAGCAAAUUUAUGAUGUGAGCAGACCUUGAAGGGGACAGUCCUAAAUUAAGCUCAUACACUACCGUUCAGCUGGUGUGUGUGAGAGCAGCUGCACCUUCUGUAAAAUAAGAUUGUUACAAGCUUUGGGCCUCAUUUUUCUUACACUCCCCUUUAUUCAUUCACUUUCAACCUACACCCAAACCAUGUGAGGGAGGUUGCUGAAGGAAAUCAUAUCUUUGAAAUAACCUGAGUACAUCCAUGUGAUUUUCUUUUUUGCAUUAAUAACAUUUUUUUCUCAUGCCUUUUUUUUCUUUCACAGCUAUUUUAAGAAUAAGCAAAAGAUUUGAAUAAGUUUUAUACAGCUGUAUACUUUUCUUUUUUCUUUGACUUUACAAGUAUUUUAUACUAUUUUAAACAGACUUAGAAAUAAACAUGUUAUACAAUUUCACUUUUCUUCCCUGUGAGUAAAGCAUCUGCCAUCAAUAUGAGAAGACAGACUGACUAGAAGUGACUGAGAUGUAACUGGAGCCGAAGCUUAUUCGUAGGAUGUUUUCUUGCCUUCACAUGUAUAAAUCCUUAGUGCGUAGCCCAUCAAUAUCUCCUACGGUAUGGACUGAUGACAGCAACAACCUUAUUCUAAUCCAAAUGAAAGAGACAGGGGUACCAACAUGAAAUUAUUUUGGGUAGAUUUAAACAUUUGACGAAAAACUUCAAUUUUCUUCUCCAGGAAAGAAAUGAAUUACACCACAUUAACAGCACUCUUGGGGAUACGGGUUUGACAGACUACAGAGGUCAAAUGAAGGAUCGGUUCCCGUCCUUUUAGAGCUUUGUUUUUAUUUUAUUUAUUUUUUUUCUAUUUUGCUCUCAUUUUUAAUAAAAUUUCAAGAUACUCGAAGAACCUGACUUCACUUUAGCAUUGUGGAGUGUUGUGUGUAGAUUGAUGAGAAAAAAAUAAUUUUGGGAUGAAACUUAACAGAAUGUGGAAAAUGUUCCGUACUGCCUGCAGUAUCGAUGCAGGAACCGUUUUUAAACUUUCUCCUGUCUGUUAUCUUGCUAAAUGCUGUGAUGCCCUUAUGUGCCCACUGAUAGGAGUUAAUGUGUCUAGUCUUGAUUUAUUUAUUUUUCUUGCCCUUUUUGUAUUAAAUAGAAUUUGUACUUCGUUUAAAUGGUGUAUUGAGGUAGGAAAAGUGGACAUGACCAUCCAUUGCAUCCAGCAGGGAGGGAGUUCUGCAUAGGUCUCGUAAAUUCUGCAAAUUACUUUCACUUUUAAGAGGAAACUUUCACUAAUUACUGACCAAAGUAGUGUUAGUUGUAUGUUGUUUUUUUUUUUUUUUUUGUUUUU